AGUAAAUUAAUAAUCCACAAGCCAUUCAGAAACGUUUAGGACAGAGACACUGACACCAGGGAAUCAUAUGUCUGCAUUGAGCAUCUAGUAAAUUGUUUACUUGGAAGGCUGAUGAGAAACACACAGAUGAACCUCUGAAACAACUACUUGGCAGAACAAAUUAUGACAUCGACAUCUAAAGGAAUUUUCCGGCCAUUUUUUAUUAUCUUCAUUGUCCUUGGUUGUUUCAUGGCGUUUAUACUAAUUUAUAUCAAACCAACAAACAGCUGGAUCUCUGGUCCUAUAGAAUCAGCCAGUUCGGUUCUGAAAAUGAAGAGCUUCUUUUCUUCCAAAUCUGAUAAUCUUAAUGAAACUACUGUUUUGAUCUGGGUUUGGCCAUUUGGUCAGACAUUCGAUCUAACAUCCUGCCAAACGAUGUUCAAUAUUCAUGGGUGCCAUCUGACUAUUGACCGCUCACUAUAUAACAGAUCCCAUGCUGUUCUCAUUCACCACAGGGACAUUAGCUGGGAUCUGACUAAUUUACCUCAGCAAGCCAGGCCACCAUUCCAGAAGUGGAUUUGGAUGAACUUGGAGUCUCCAACUCAUACUCCACAAAAGAGUGGCAUUGAACACCUUUUUAACCUGACCCUGACUUAUCGGCGUGAUUCAGAUAUUCAGGUGCCUUAUGGCUUCAUGAUGGUCGGUACAAGUUCCUUUACAUUUGAAGUGCCAAGUAAGGAAAACUUGGUCUGUUGGGUGGUAAGUAACUGGAACCCUGAACACGCUCGAGUCAAGUAUUACAAUGAGCUUAGCAAAUACAUUGAAAUCCAUACCUACGGACAAGCCUUUGGAGACUACGUCAAUGAUAAAAACUUGAUUCCAACUAUCUCCACUUGUAAAUUCUACCUUUCCUUUGAAAAUUCUAUCCACAAAGAUUACAUUACCGAGAAACUUUACAAUGCUCUUCUGGCCGGAUCGGUACCAGUAGUACUGGGCCCUUCCAGAGAAAACUAUGAGAAUUACAUUCCAGCAGACUCUUUCAUACACGUGGAAGAUUUUCUCUCCCCCAGAGAGCUGGCAGAAUAUCUUCUGAUGCUUGACAAAAAUAACAAGAUGUACCUUAGUUACUUCAACUGGAAGAAGGAUUUCUCGGUGCAUCUUCCUAGAUUCUGGGAGUCACAUGCAUGUCUUGCUUGUGAUCAUGUGAAAAGACACCAGGAAUACAAGUCUAUUGGAAAUUUAGAAAAAUGGUUUUGGAAUUAAUCUGUGUGUGUGUGUGUGUGUGUGUGUGCGCGUGCGCGCGCGCGUGUGUGUGUGUGUGUGUGUGUAUGCACUUUUCUGAAGAAGUCAGAAGAAACUUCAGUCCAAGUGGAGAGGAAAGGAAAAGAAAAAAAAAAAAAAAAAGAAAGGAAAGAGAACAUAAUGUCAUGGUUUAUCAGCUAUCCUCUCCUGGCUAUCCUAUUUAUAUUUUGUAAGAGAUUUUAAAAGACCAUCAGCAGCAGUCAUCAAUACUCAGAUUUAAAUUAUAAUGUACAUACUAAUUAUGUGCACUGAAGAAUAUUUGAUUGUUUACUAUAAUUUUUAAAUAAUAUUUUCCACAUUUUCUGUGAAAUAUGUCCCAGUCUGACACUUAAUGGAGUCAUUUUAACAGGUUUUUAUUUUUAUUUUUAACAUUACAUUUGCUGUUUAACGUAUUUGGAAAAUGAGGACACAACUUUUAAAUGCCAGAGAGAACUUUAAGAACAUAAAUUGCUGUUCCAGUCUGAAAUGUGUGUAAUAUUUCAAAAGACAGUAAAGUUUUUUUAUGGUUCAUCUUACAUUUUAAGAACACAGUAAAUUUCAAUACCUAUGAUUAUUCCAGUGUGAUCAGCUGCACCCCUUCUUAAGGGUGAUGAACUUAGAUAUAUAGUUUUUAAAAGGUAUUACGAUAGUAGUCAGUCUUUGUUUCUAAAAAUAAGAUGUUUCUUAACAAAUAGAUCCAUUAAGUUACUUUAGGAAUAUGUCUGCUCUUACCCUCAGAAGAAUAAAGAAUUCUGAUACAGAGAAGAUGAACAACCUCAGUGACCAAAGCACAGAUUCAUCCAAUUUUUGAGUAUAUUUAAAUGCAGCAUAUUCUUAAGUGUCAUUGUGUCUCAAGUAUUGUUUACUGGAACCACGGCUGUACGUUAUACUGAUACAGAGAUAAACAGAUUUUAACAUAGGCAUUUCAUUAAAUCAGCACUGAAUUUGGAUGGUAAUAACGGAUUUUCAGAAAUACCUUGUUACGAAAUUUUAGCAAUUUCUCUCAUAUAAUUUCUUGAAUAAUCAUGAAUAUGUCCCCAAUUAUCUAAAGAUCUGUUGAACUUGAAUUGUGGCUGAACAACUUUCUGUAAUGACUCAUGAAUGUGGAAAAAAAAAUGAUCGAACAGUUUAUUUUCUGAAAGAAAUAUGCUGAAAUUCAGUAAAUAAGUUAUCAGGCUGACAUAUUCAACCAUUCAAUUCAUUAAGCUAAUUAAUUUUGGGUUUUGGAAAUAUUUUAUACAAAAGGUAUAAAAAAAUGCACUCUUAAGAGCAGCAGUUGCUAUAAAAAUUUGAAUAUAUAAAUAGGUUCUUAAGUAUUAAAUUUGCUCUGAUAGCAAAUACAAAAAUGUGAUGGGUUUUAUGAUUAUUUAAAAUACCUUCUUUUAACAUGUGUCAUUCAAUUUUAUUUUGUCUUUCAGCUAAGUCUUAAAUAUCUGAUUGCUAUAUAUAUUCAUAUGUACAAGGUUGGUUUAAUGGCAUAAAUGUAUGGAUAAGUUUUGUUAUCAAGUGAAAGCCAAUCAGCUUGGUUUUUCAGGUUCAAAUCACACCUUCUACUGAAAAAAGUUAACUGGAAAAACUUCAGAUUGUGUAAUGUAUAAGACCCUGAUCAAGCAAAGCAGUUGAUCAAAUACUUAAGAUUAACUUGCAGAAAACAACAUUGGUGAAGUAAGGAAACAAAUAAAAACAAUCAUAAAGGUUUAGCAAAAGAUAAGGUCAUUUGUCAGAUACUUUUUUUUUUACCCUAGGCUGGAAUAGAAACACACAAGGCUUCAACAGUAAUGUAGUUAAAUUUCUAAAACAGGAAACUUCACAGAAGGGUUAUAGAGACACUUGUGCUCUCCCUAUGGCUUCAAAAGCUGUAUUCUGCUCCAGAUAUUUAUUUAUACUAUUUAUUGCUGUCUUUAAAAGCUAGUUUGCAAUAUACUGUGAACUCCUAAACUCACCAGCAUUCCAGUACGAAACAAGAUGAGCUUACCUUGUAAAUUAACACAAUAUAAUGAAACCAUGUCUUCUAAACAAAAAGUGCUGGCAUGGAUGUAAUGUGAGUAGUAUUUCUCAUUCUGAAAGCAAGUGGCUAUUACCCACAGUCUGUCCUAUAGGACAUCAUACCUUUUGUUUUCAGGGGUGCUAUGAAAUUCUCAGUGACUCAAUAUGCCACUGCUUUGACUGGAUAAGUUGAUGCCCUUGAUUGCUGGAAUUUGGAAGUUCUUUGCAUUAAUCUCAGUGGAAGUACAUUCACCCUUUGGUGAACGUGCACAGUCCCUUACCUCAUUCCUCAUUUCAGACAGUGGGAGUUGUGCUGUGUGUUUCAAGGCGUAUGUCAAAUCAGUCUGGUGUCUUGGCAUCAAGAUUCAGACAAAAAAUUCUUGCAUUAAUAGCAAGUAAGCACAAUAAUAAGAUAUAUGACCUGUUACUACAGAUAUCAAUCAGUGUAUACACAGGAAAGUUUUGAAAUAUAAGCUAAAUUUUAAGCCUGUAAGUAAUGUCAUUACCUCUGUGAGUACUGGAUCCAGUCGACAGGGCUAAUCUCGAGCUGAAUUUUAAGAAAUGUGAAAAUCUUUUGAUGGAAGAGGAAAGACAGUUGUUCUCUUCACAGAAACUUCACACAAGGCUUGUAUACUUUGCGUUCAGGGUAUAUUACUAAAAUUGUUUCAAAGAUUAAUAAAACAAGAAAGAAAUCAAAUCUAGAUUGAAAUGACCAAGAAACAUGACCAAACCCUAAACAAGACGCAUGACCCUAAUGCCUCACUGACAUUCUUGAAGAGUGUGGGCUGGAACAUAAGUGAACCAGCCAUUUUAUGAAGAUUUUAAAGAGGUCUACAGGUAUCAAGUCUUAAACAGUUCUGGAUAUAAAGAGCUUUGUUGACAGAAGAUGAAGCAUGUCCAGCCUAGGUGGUAAAUGAUGUCAAUCAAUGGAUUUAAAACCUCUCGACUCCAAGCAUGCAUAAAGGCAGUCUACCCAGACCUGCACACCUAACUCACAGAAGAUUGAUUCCAGCCUAUAUAUAACAUUAGGCGUUGUGACGUCUGUGCUCCUUCAGUGAGCUACCCUACAUGAACAGCUAGUGUAAAUAGACUCAAAUAGUAAACCACUGUGAAGGAGAAUGGGCAAAACCAAUUAAUUAUGCAAGGGUAAAUUACAUGGAAUUAGUUAAAACAAAGAGCAAGGUAUUAUUUAUGCCUUGGUACCACUGGCAGAAGAAGAUACUUGUACAAGAAAAGAGAAAUGAAAGAUGAGAAAUCACACCAUUUCUUACUAUUUUCUCAACAAUUUUAUUUCAGGCCUUCAGUUUAUUUUAUUUGACAGCCUGCAAUAAUCUUGCAUAUGCACUUGUCACAAGUUAACUCGGCAGUCACUGAAGACAGAGAGUAAUCAUUAUUCCUUCUUUUACAAUGGCUGCUUCUGGAUGUUUUUCCAGGCUCUCUGUUGUGCACAGAGCUAUCAACAUCAAAGCCUUUCUCAUUGUGGAAAACAAGACUCAAAACAGAUAAAAUACUAACUCCAGAUGCAUUGCUACUCCACUGAAUGUGAACAGGCAUCAGACAAAACUGGCAGAAGAUCCUUCUAAAGCAGAGUUUUCCCUUCAUUUCACAGACACUCAGAGAUCACAGCAGCUCUUGCUCAGUAUGACACCGCCAUUCCUCAGUGAAUCCUGGUCACCAGAAUACCUCUUGUCAUCCAAGACGGCUGUACUCACAAUGAACAAGCAGUCUGAGUGAGGCCUGUAGAAUGUGCAAGACACAUCUAGCAACUUAUUUGCCUCUUAAGAAACAGAUCAAGUAAAAUGAAAUUUGAACUGAGAGAACAUGAAUGUGGGGAUUUGCAGAGUUCAUGCAGGUUGAGGAAGAUAGGGGAAGCUGACGCUACUGUGUACAGUAAACAGCUACUUACUCUUUCUACCUACUCAUGUUUGUUUUUCAAACUGGGCUUAUAAAAACAAUAAUAUGUCAUUUUCUUCCAUCUCUAAUCAAGCAAGCUUCAGUUAAAUAGCCAAUAACUGAUAAUUCAAGAAUGGGACUCCUGCUGGAUUUGUAAUAUCUCUUUUAUUAGACAAAAAAUAACAUUUGGGAGAAGAGUGGUCUGUUGGUAAACUAAUCAUAUUUCUUAUCUGACUUCAAGAACCCUUAUUCUUCUUUCCUUUUUUUAUUCUGAAGUAAAUCUUCAUGUCCUCAUACAACAAUACUUUCUGAACUUGAUUCAAGAAAGACCUUAAGCACAUGUAUAUGACCACAAGACUCAAGCAUAUAUUUAAAUUUAAGAGCAUCUUAAAUGCUUUAAUGCAUUGGGGCUCCAAACAGUAUGUUUUUCUUGCCUUUGGGAAUUGCACAGAGAGCACAGUCUAUAGCCAAGAGAGGACAAUUUGUGUGGCCUCUUUUGCAUCACGUGUGUCCAUCCUGUGAGUAGACUCCCUGUUCCACACUGACUAAUUCUGGCUUAGUAUCUGUCCAAUAUACCUUGACCCUACUCUUCUGCUUCAGCAUGCUACAUGUGCCACCAUCAUCUCAUGCCAUCCACUCAGCAUGGCACUCCACCUUAUGGCCUGCCUGUGCUGUGCAGGGUGAAUGAACUUGCAUUUGGUGAGGUGAGAGGAGCUGAGGCUUGCUGAGACAGUAUUUCAAGGACUGUUCUAGGAAGAAAACAUAAAACCUGAUCAUGCAUGCAUCCUUUUAAUAAUCUGGGCUGAGUGUGCCCUAAAGGGGGUCAGACUCAGCCAUACCUGAUUUUCAUUUGGGAGAAAAAUAUUUGGUUCUGUCUAGAUGGGACUCUGUGAGUGAUCAACUGUGCGUGCAAAGUGGGAACAAGAGGUGUGUCUGUGCAGGCUGACAAGGAGGCUCCUGACCUAUUUAAAGCUAACGGUGAAAGUUAAUCAAAUACUCCAGUGUUUCCUUGGUAAAAAACUAGAACAUUAUUGAGUAGUCAGUUCAGAUGUAUCUGUUUAUCUACCAGUUGGUGGACUUCUGCAUUAAUAUUGGCCAACAGUUCUGGUUUGUUUGUUUGUUUUUAAUAUAAGCAAUUUUUAAAUGUUAAAAAUCAAUCAAUAAGAUUCAUACAAGAUAGUUAUUUCAGUUUCAUCUUUUGCUCCUUGUUCAGGCAAAUCUUCCACCAGAAUCAGCAGGCGAUUUGGGAGAUUUACAUGCUAGUAAUAAAGGAUUGAGUCAAGAGUGGAAUGACUUGGGUAAAAAACAACCUUCUUAUUCACGGAUGUUUUCUUUCUAAUAUUUGAAUAACUAGCUCUACUGCUAUAGCUGAUUCUACCUUCAGAAAAUCAGUGUAUAAUUCAUACUGGUUAGAUACAUUCAUAGAAGGUACAGAAAUGUCAAGAAAUAGAUUAAACAAACCAUGCAGUAGUAAUUUUAAUUCAUGGCACAAAUGCCACAGAAUGAUACAGAUGAUAAAACUGCAAACUCAUGAGAAAUAAUUAGGCCUAGAGACAUCACCCUGCAGUUUUCGUAUUGGAAAAAGCCACUUCAUUACUCUAUUGGAAAGGUAAUUAAUUGAGAAUCUUUUAUGUCACCAUAUUUUCUAUGCAAUUAAUUGAGACCAACAGUCUCUGCAUAGUGAAUAGUUCAGAGACUUGCCCAUGUGGCAGAGACCUUUUCACUUCCAGGUUAACAGUCUGAAUUAUGAGUGAGUGGGUACAGACCACUGUGUGGCAGCCUCUAGUAGAUGGCUCGGUGAUCUCAGUCAGGUUUUUUUGUUCCUGCUUUCAGCCAAGAAGGCAAAGAACUGACCCGAGACUCAUCUGACAUCUGUGCAUUUCCCAGCAUGCUCAUAGAGUGGUUUAGGACACUCUCACUCCCACAGACUGUACCAUGACUGUUUAUGAUUAUGAAGAAGACUGCUGUUCCAUGCAAUAAGAGUAUUGACAUUUUUUUGAGGUAUGAUGCCAGCCCGUACAAAUGAAGCAUUCAUACAUGAGGGAGCUCUUCACUAACAUUACUAAGUAAAUAAUUAGUAGGAAAAUCAUUUAAUCAUUGCAAAUUGGCAGCAAAAGCAAUUGUUUCUUUUUUUUUAUAUGAAUUAGUUGAAAACAGGCUUUGAUGAAACUUUAUCCCCCUGGCUUGAUACAGCCUGUUUGGAUCCAGAUACAGGGACAUGUAUGAUAGUAAAAUUUGAAAGAUAUAUGGUAAACCAACACACACACACACACACACACACAUAUAUAUAUAUAUAUAAAGUUGGGAUUAAUUUCCCAUAGAACCUUGAAACGAUAAAUAAACACUUUAGCAGUUACCAGAUGAAAAAUAUUCCCAUCAAUCCUUUUCUUUAUCACAUGAUAAGAAAAGCCGGUCUUAUAUAUGCUGUUUGGCAAAAAAAAAAUAGCCGCAAAAUUUACAUUUUCCUUUGCUGUUUUGUUUUGUAAUACACAUUAUAAGAGAUGAGAUUAAAAAGUUUGGAAAGUUAACUCCCUUGGUGCAAUUUAGAGUUUUAAAGAUUCAAUGGAUAUACUGAAGAGAAGAAAUUGAGAAGCUUUUCCACAAAAUCCUAACGUGCCAAACUGUUUCCAGUGAAUGAACAAAACAGUUAAAUAUAAUGACUUUUUAUUAGGAUUUGCGAAAUCUUCUAUUGACGCACUGUAAUUUUGCACUAUUUUGUAAGAAAAGAAAAAAGGAAAAAGAAAAAAGGAACUGAAAAAAGAAAAAAAUCUAAAAAUAGAUGCCAAAUGUAUAGUUUGUAAAAUACUAUUUUUCUUAUAUAAGGUGUCAUCACAUUGUGAAUCUGUGUUAUUGUAAACUGUGAAAGAUGUGAUGUACUGUUGUGACACAGCCUACAAAGGGCCAUUUCUAACACACAGAUUAGUCACCUGGACUUGUUUAUAUGAAACAUAUUCAUAAAUCUGAGAUCACUUUUAUACUUAUUUUUUGUAGACUAUUUUUCCACAUUUACAACACAACUGUUAUUUUAUAUCAAACAUUAAUUUUGCUUCAAAAUAUUAUUUGAAUAGGUGGGUGGAUGUCUUAAACGUGCCAGAGAUUCAAAAAUGUAACAAAGAUAAUUCAGAAACUCUUCUUUGCCAAACUGUAAUGCUACUGAAAUCGAAGAUGUUUUGUUGAACAAGCAGGCACACUGUCAAUAAACGAUAGUUUCUAUUCCAUGAUAAUGCUACAUUUGUUAUGAUAAAUGCCUGGUAGUUAUGAGCUGCAUUUGUCUUCUGUCUUUCUGUAUGUUGGGGAAAUGAAACUGGGUGCAUAGCUAAAUGUCAUAGAUACUCAGCCACUCACAUAAUGUGCCACGGGCUUGACCUCUGAAAAAUACUGAUGAGAAUUAGGAGAAAAACCCUUAAGCUGCUUGUCCUGAUUCAAACCCACUUUCUGAGGUGGGUCAUGUGAAAAUUGUGUGAUUGACACACACAGGACUGGUACGAUCUCUGUAAAGACAGUACAUUCUGUAUGUGGAAACAUGGGACCACAUUUACUCUCUUAGUGAAAGAUCAGGACCAAAGUCCCUUUUCUUGUGUAUUUGAGCUUACACUCAUAUCAUCGAGUGGGUUCUGAUAUGAAUCCUCCUUCAUGUUCUCAGCUAAUGAUACUCCUUGUACUGACAACUUAAUCUUUUAUGUGUUUUAUAUAGCAUAUAUAUAUAAUGCAUAAAUUCGUGUGUAAGAAAUAGUAACCAUGAAAAAUUGAAUUUUAAUUAAAAUAAUGAAAACUAUUCUCACCUGCAGGCACAUUUUAAGAUGCCACAUUAAAAGGAGACUUGUAAAAAGCUGUAUUUUUUAUUUAUUAGUGAUUAUAUAUUUUGCCCCAUGAUCUAGACAUUUUAUAACAGGGAUCCUGCCCAACUGUUUCUUUGUUCUCUUUGAACAAUAUCAUCACCCUGAGAUGCAUCUGAAGAAUGUAGAGAUUCAACCACUGAUGAAUUUCAGUAUUUUUUUAAUUUGAUGUUGUUGUUAAAAUUUCUUCUGGUUACUUAUAGCUAUGUUCAGAGUUUUCGUCACAAUUUGACUGCAGUCAGAAGAUACCUACUGUAUGAAACUACAGGUAACUGUAACCAUUUCAAGGACUUUCAUCAUUUAUGUGAAAUCAAUAUUUCAGAACUCUGAUUCCAAGAUGGUUAACAAGCAGCUCACUGACUCUUAUUUAUUGACCACUGGAAUUCUCCCUAAAGGAUAAACACUGAAUUAUGUAAAUAAUAGUGCUCUAUAUAAGCCUAACAAAAUAUUGUAAUAGGUAUAUUUAAAAUAAAAAGAGAACAUUCUAAGUGUA